CAAAUUUCUUUCACCAGUAGUUGACGAGCCUAUCAUUCGCAAUAGCAAUUAGCAAGGUCUGAACAAUUUUAGGAUAUGGGGAACAGGAGAUUUGCGCAAAUCUCCACGAGCGAUGACGAAGACGAAGCGCCACCUCCGCCACCGAAAACUCGCUCCUCGGCGAAGUCGGAAGAGAACGAGAGGAAGAGGAAGAAAAUGAAGCUUCGGGAAGAAGACGAAGAGGAUGAGGAAGAAGAGAAAGUGAGAGGACGGAGGAAGAAGAAGAAAACCAGGGGAGGUAAAACAGUGGAGCCGGACUCAGAGGAAGAUCCUGAAGAAGAGGAGGAGGAGGAAGAAGCUCCACAGGAAGACGCGAAGCCGGUUGGUGAACCAGUUAAGCAUUCGGGAAAGGGAAGAGGAAGGAGGAGUCAUUAUGAGGCUUUUGAGUUCGAUGGAAACCGAUACGAUCUUGAGGAUCCUGUACUUUUAGUUCCUGAAGAUAAAAAACAGAAGCCUUAUGUAGCAAUCAUCAAGGAUAUCACUCAAACCAAAGAAGGUAGUAUGAUGGUCACUGGACAGUGGUUUUAUCGACCUGAAGAGGCUGAAAGGAAAGGUGGCGGAAGCUGGCAGUCACGUGACACUCGGGAACUGUUUUACAGUUUCCAUCGUGAUGAGGUUCCAGCAGAAUCUGUAAUGCACAAGUGUGUGGUGCAUUUUGUCCCUAUUCACAAGCAACUCCCAGUUCGAAAACAACACCCUGGUUUUAUUGUGCAGAAAGUGUAUGACACUGUAGAGCGGAAGCUUUGGAAGUUAACUGAUAAGGAUUAUGAAGAUAAUAAGCAACAUGAAAUCGAUCUUCUUGUUCAGAAAACUCUAUCGCGUCUAGGAGACCUUCCUGACAUUGAAAUUGAAGAAAAUGCUGCUGAACCAGAAGAUCAGUCUAAGGUCAAAAGAACUCUUAGGAAAAAGAAUAUUGCCCCUCUUGAUGUUUCGAGGGAGGAUGAAGCAACUAUGAGGCCUGAGAAUUUAAAAGCUGAAACACCAGGAAGUUGUCCCGGCAAUACCUCCGAGUACUAUGCAAUCUUAGAGAAGUUUAAUGCUCUAACUGGAGACACCCAUCGUGAUAAAUGGUUGGAGAGGCUCCUUCAAUGUGUUCAAUACGUGUGCAGUUCUCCUGAUAGCAUAUGUGAUGAUGAGAAAGGGAAAUGUAGUUCUGAUGCUGCUGACCAUGAAAAAGAGCAGAAGUGCGAGGGCACUGCAAAUGGAUCUCAAGAAAAGAGUUCUAAAAGCAAAAAAACUUUCUGCUGGCCGGAUGAUGCUGUUCCUGCAGUAACUGCUGUUGAGAAGGCCUCACAUGAAGUUUUUUCCACUGAUUUUCAGAAAUAUAACCAGAAGAUGCGUCAGAUAUCUUUCAACCUGAAG